CAGGUGUCAAUCACCAUACUGGAUGAGAAUGACAACAGUCCAGAGUUUGACAUCACAUCUGACACUUCAGUGGACAUUUUGGAAAAUACCCCAAUGGGGAAGAAAGUGGCCGUGGUGCUCGGAAGAGAUCGAGAUGCUGGGCUUAAUGGGCUGGUCAACUUCUCGCUAGUCGCAGGCAAUAUGGAAGAUGUGUUUAAGAUCAAGACCGUGAAUCACACCUACGGGGAGGUCUAUGUCAAUGCUCCGCUGGACAGAGAGUCUGUGGAUCGCUACCUGCUUAAGGUGCGAGCCAUCGACAACGGCUCCCCUCCCAGACACACGGACCAUUCCCUCACAAUCAACAUCCUCGACGUCAACGACAACGCACCUGUUGUUGAGAGUCCACGAGGCUACAACGUCAGCAUAAGCGAGAAUGUCGGAGGAGGAACAUCGGUCCUGCGUGUGAUGGCUACCGACUGGGACACGGGCCCUAAUGCCAUGCUGUUUUAUUACAUCACUGCCGGAAACCAAGACCUGACCUUCCGCAUGGACCGCAUGACAGGAGAGAUGGUGACACGCCCGGCCCCUCCCGACCGAGAGCGCCAGCAGGAGUACCAGCUCAUCGUGACUGUGGAGGACGACGGCACGCCUCCUCUGUCGACCUCCACCACCAUCAACGUUCUCAUUGUGGAUGAGAAUGACAACGCUCCGGAAUUUCCUGAGGAGGAGUACGUCACGGUGCUGAGUGAGGGUCCAGACACGGUGGGCGCCACAAUCGCCACAGUAACAGCCAUCGACCCUGAUGAGGAUCUGAACGGCACCUUGAGAUACGCCAUAACUCAUGGCAACCUGGGCCAAACCUUUCACAUCAACAGCAUCUCGGGGAGGAUUACAGCUGUGAAGGAGCUGGACUUUGAGAUCAGUCAUGGCCACUAUGCAUUGGUGGUGACGGCGACAGAUCAAUCGCCAAAUCCUGCUUUUCGUUUGACAUCUAGCACAACGGUGCUGGUGAACGUCUUAGACGUGAAUGACGUGACACCCACCUUCCCCAGAGCCUAUGAGGGCCCCUUUGAAGUGACUGAGGGCCAACCGGGUCCUCGGGUCUGGACACUCAGAGCCAGUGAUGAAGACUCGGGACUGAAUGGCAAAGUGGAGUACAGCAUCACUGCUGGAGAUAAUCAAAAUGAGUUCAUGGUUUCUCCCGUCGAGGGGGACCUCCGAGUGAGGAAGGAUAUCGAGUUGGACAGAGAGACCACCGCCUUUUACAACAUCACUGUCACAGCUCGAGACCUGGGCACUCCAUCACGCAACAGCUCGGUUGUAGUGGGGGUUCAGGUCCGAGAUAUAAACGACAAUGACCCUGUCCUCCUAAACCUGCCUUACAACACCAGUGUGAGCGAGGGCGCUUCUAUACAUACAUCUGUGGCCCGAGUCCGGGCUAGAGAUGCAGACAGUGGGCGCAAUGCACUGCUCUCCUACAACAUUACUGCUGGCAACCAGGAUGGAGCCUUCUACAUCAACGACACAUGUGCCUAUCGUGCGAUUUGGGAGACAGCAAAGGGGACGUGA